AGGAUGAUGCACCGCCGUAGGGCGGCAGAGGUUCGUGAGAGGCCUCGUGCGUUGGGAACUAUCCCGGGCUGGGAAGCUUGGUCCCUGAGGGGAGGAAAGGAAGAAGAGAAAGGGAAGAGGAGUCCGGGGGAGCAGUAGCAUCAGCAUCUCUCUGGUGCCAUCUGUGCUGAACCUGCCCGGCUGGCCCGUGAGCUGCCAUUGCCAUGGCUCGUAAGAAGCUGUACCGCCCAAUCGCCGCCAUGGCCAAGAAGAUCCGUGAGUACCGGGCACUGAAGAACCGUCCCCGAGACUCCCAGCGCUUCGCCCUGGAUUACAAGACCAUGAUCCGACCCUUCACGAACAAACGCCUACCUGUGCUGGCCUGGGAGGAUGUGAGGAACGAGAACCGCCUCUUCACGCUGCUCUGCCAGCUGCGGCUCUUUGGCAUCGGCCGCAUGGUCACCCGCAAGUAUUGGCUCUGUCAGUAUGACGAGCCCUGCUACUGGGUCGUUACCAAGGUCAGGGUGGACUACACAGCUGAGACUUUGGAUCAUGGGAAAGCCUGGGGAUACCUGACAUUCAGAGGCAAGACGUAUAAUGAAGUGAAAGAGAUUGACAAGGUCAUGUAUCAUGACUGGAGGAUGGUGCCCAAACAUGAAGAGGAGGCCUUCAAGAAAUUUACUCCAGUGUCAGUGGAAACCAUUCAGUGUGUGCCAUACCCCCCUCUGCUCCGAGCCAUGAUCCUUGCGCAAAGGCAGAAGGAAGGAAAACUUAACACAGAGGAACCACUGAUUGAUCUGGAGAAAAUCAUCUCCUUCACAAAGGACUACUUUCAAAAUCAGAAAAAAGCUAAGGGGACACCAGUGUGAAGGUCUAGAGCUGAGUGUGAUGGAGCUUCUGAAACCGCUCUCUAAUACUCUGCGUGUUGAUAGCUCAUACAGUCUCCUUAAUGAAGAAUAGGACCAUAAGCCACAUGCCCACUUCUGGUUCAAUGUACCGAAAUUUAAUACCUUGGCCUCUCAGUACUGUGCAUAUGCAGGUGUGUGACUUUCUCAUAUAUAUUCAGAAAGAUAUAGAGAUACUCAGGAUUUUUAGCGAUCUUUUGUUUGCAGAGGGUCCUCCCUUUUGAUUCCCUGCCUUUUCUCCUGAUGUAUGUCUCCUGGUGUCCAGGUCCCAAUGACAGCUACCAUCCCUCUGUGCAGGAAGACCCAAAUGAGACUCUUUUAGUUUAGUUUAGCCCCAUAAUUAAUUUAAAGUACAAUAAUGGUCAGAAGAAUGACUUUAAAAAUGGCACCAUCUUCAUCUAUAGACCUUGCUACCCAUCUAAUGACUUCAGUAAAUACAUGUUUAUUUCUUUUUUACUUCUGUUAUCCCUCUAGCACAGUUGCAAGGACAUGAGUUGGAUUCUGGUCUGUCUUGUGGACCAUCAGCAGAAGUUUUAAUUAAAUUCCAAUUUUAGAAUCCUUUGCCUUGACACAUAGAGGCAUCACCUCAACUACACCCAAACCAAGCCUAUAAAUACCACUCACUUCAGCCAGGAUUGUGAAGUUCAUGGGCAAAAUGGAAAGAACCCACCUUGACUUUCUGAUCCCACGUUGUUUGUCAAGUUGGCAGUGGUGAAGAAGAACCCAUCUUUUUUUCUUGUAAAGUGAGUACAAGUUCCGGCUCCUUUUGAAGUCAGUGGCAAGCUACCAUUUGCUUCAAUGGGAGCACUUUCCCAUGGAAGUCACAGAGACAAUAAACAUGGAAUGCCCCAAUCCUAUUUUUGGAGUCACUUAUAAGAACAAAACUACUCUUAGAACCUCCCCCUGCAGUCUUUGCAGCAUGCUAGGCCAUCAGACUUCAGCCAUAAAACUUGCUAGAAACCAAUCAAGAAGAGCAAAGUGGAUACAUUUAAACCAAUAACAUAAAUGAUGAUAAAUAUAUUAGAUUUUUACAAUCUUUUUCUGUGAGCUUAUGUGGUAUUGGUGAUACAAUAAAGAAAUGUCAGUAACAUUUCUCUUCACUCCAAAAAGGGGUAUGUGAUGGGUUCCCCCCAGGGUGCCGAACUCAGGUACCACUGAGCCCCCUGACCCACCUGCCUGGGCUCCUUCCCUGUACUGCUAUGACAAGCUGCAAAGUCCCCCAGCCUGUGCUUUCACUAGCAUUUGUACAGGUAGGGACACACCCAGCUGCAUUUACACACAGGCUCUCUAACUAUCAGCUUCCCAGCCUGGGACCCUAGAGCAGUACCGUCCUGUCCCGGUUAAAUCUGGCCAGUAUAUGGGUUUAACAACUGAUCCACCUCUCCCUCAAUGUGAAGAGGACCAUGCAC